ACCAAUCCAUGUUGUAUGCUGAUGAAAGUAUGAUUAUUGCUUAUUAUUGCCUGGUUAUUCUGUAGCCAUCACACUGAGAGUAUAACACCAAAUCUUGCCUGGUUUCUGCAUUCCAAAUUGAUAAUGAACCCAGACAUAGGUGUAGGCCCAUGUAAAUCAGCUAUCCGGGGCUUACAGUAGACAGCAAAUAGUAGCGCCAUCGUCACCUAGGUAGUGGAUUUGAAUCACGAUAUAAAAACACCAUAGGCUGUCUCAGCUGUCACUUAUAGAAGGUACCUGCCUAAGUACAUAAGGUACGGCUUUACCUAGAUCUAGGGUAGGUACCUGUAGGUACCUGCACCAGGCGUUAAACAGGGCGGGCAGGACUCCAAGGCUGAGCUCCUCUUGCCAUCCCAACUUGCCUAUGUCAACAACUCACGAGAUAAGAUCAUUUACAUCAGCUACACUAUGCCCUGUUUAAUGCCACCUUGCCCUUGUCCGGUUCACACUGACGAUCUGAUUGAUCUCACCUAGGCCCCUCGACAUAUAUGGCCUACAGCUUAAAGUUCAAUGGCGACAUAGCAAAAGAGGGACGUAUCAUUGACAUCACGACUGCCAGUUAACAGCUCGCGACCAUGGACCUCGCGUUAAUCCGCUGCAACAAGUGCCAUCUCCAUAUGGGUGUGCUCACGAAUCUAUGGUUUCAGAUUGGCAAGAAUUAUAUUAGCCCUGUUGUCUACGUUGAUGGUGCCUUGGAUGUAGCACCAGAUGGCGCAAUACGACAUGGAGAGAAGGGAACAAUAAUGGGUAACUGUCGUGUUCAAGGGGUGAUUUGUGUCCAAUGUCGUUCUAUGCUGGGGUCUAAGUGUUUACGCUCUACCAUCAAUCACGUUCUUCAAGAGGGCUCACUCGUACUGCGUAUGCCGUCUAUUCAGAUUAUGAAUCCGAAUAGCCACGAUACAAUCGAACCGAUCAUUCAAAGGGUGCUGAGCCUAAAGAAUCCUCUUGGUCAUGAUGACUCUCACGACGAUAAUGAAAGUUCCUCAUUCGAUGAAGAUCAUGAUCACGAACAAACCAUGACUGAAGAUUCUGACCUCAAUCACCUACUAGAUAAGAUCGACGCACAGGGAGAACGGAUUGAGCUACUUGAUACAGCUGGUAUUCAAGUUGUAGCUUCUCUCGAUCGGUCUAUGCGGCAAAUAGACGAGGCUAUCAGAAACUUGAAGAGUGAGAUAGCCCAUACAAAAAAGGAGCUAUCAAAUAGCAGUGACAGCACUAGGAAGUUGACCAGCGAUGUCUGGUCUACUAAAUCACAGAUCGAGGAGGUCAAAAGAACAUUAGAGCCACUAACUACCCAAUGUCACAUUCAAGAAGAGCGGUUUUCUAUCGAAAAUGCGAUCACCGAAGCUAAAGUAUCCCUGCAAGUGGAAAUAGGUGCCAUGUCAGAAAUCUCCAUGCAGAAGGUCAAAUUGCUUGGGUCGCAACUUGAAAACAUGCAACGAGACUUGAAAGAGUUCCGAAACGCAGCGCAAGCAGCGUUACUGGCAUCUGACGCCAAUAAUGGAGAGAUUGCUACUCUGAAAUCCGAAAUAGAACGUCUAAGGCAGGAGGUAGCGCUGGAGCGAUCUUCUAGGCCCUCUCCUACCAGCUCGGUCUUUGCCUCGCGCGACGUAGAUAUCCUCACCAGCAACAUAACCAAGAUUGGGAACAAAGCGAGCCAAGUUGAACCCCUGCAGAUGGAGCUCGAGCUACUAAAGAGUCGUGUACAGAGAAUGGAGGCACAAACCUCCGAAUGGCAGAAGGAGCCUGCUCCCUCAUUUCAACACAAAGACACCCAGCACCCUCUUUCGGUAAGCCCAACGCGCAAAUAUAUUACUAGUUGUACUAUGGAGGAUGGUCUAGAUUCCAACACCUCGACAUCUACAAUCCCAAUCCUACAAGACAAUGGCAUUGGUCGGUCGUCCCUCAGAACGACUAGAAAAGAACCCAAAACUGGUCCCCCGAGGAUUACAAAGUCUGGAGCUAUAGAUAAACGGUCCUUGAGAAAUCGCUCGAAGUUAGCAACAACUUCUUGCACAGCUAGUAAAGGAUAACCAUUUGGAGAGGCUAGGUUGAGAUUCUUGUGCUUGUCUACAUACCGCGUUUUGAACAGGUUGAUAUCCAACCCAGUUAUAGUAAGGGGCACUAGUAACACCGCUCUAUGUUUCUGUCAUAUUUGAUAGGUAUUCGGGGUUUGAAUUCGCUUUGAUGGGGCGUGUAUGGAGCGGCCUAUAAAUCAGUAAGAUUGGAGGGGGCACAUUAUCAAAACGUACCUUCAAGCUCGCCUCAAGCCCUUGCCAAGCGACUGUUGUUCUAGAGACGAUAACUGAAACAUCCG